CGAAGAAGCGAUUGUUUAAAUUUGUUGCGAAUUUCUCGCGGGGUUUUUGUUUAGCUUAUUUAAAUGGGCGUCAAGGAAUUGUGGGGUGUUUUGACGCCCCAUUGUGAACGCAAACCCAUUAAUGAACUGCGGGGAAAGAAAGUGGCCAUCGACCUGGCCGGCUGGGUUUGCGAAUCCCUCAAUGUUGUGGACUACUUUGUGCAUCCAAGGCAUCAUUUAAAGAACCUCUUCUUUCGCACUUGCUACUUGAUUUGGGAGCAAGUUACUCCUGUUUUCGUUUUGGAGGGAGUUGCUCCGAAACUCAAGAGCCAGGUGAUAGCCAAGAGGAAUGAGCUCCAGUUUCGGGGAGUGAAGCCCAAGAAUUCGCCCGAGUGCACCCAAAGUCAGGCGCCCAAAGGCGACAAAGGACGCAGCCGGUUCAACCAUGUCCUCAAGCAGUGCGAAACGCUGCUGCUCUCCAUGGGAAUCCAGUGCGUCCAAGGUCCCGGCGAGGCGGAGGCCUACUGUGCCUUUCUCAACAAGCAUGGCUUAGUGGAUGGCGUCAUUAGCCAGGACUCGGAUUGCUUUGCCUAUGGAGCCGUUCGUGUCUAUCGCAACUUCUCCGUUUCCACCCAAGGAGCCCAGGCAGCCGCCGGCGGAGCUGUGGACAUUUACGAUAUGCGGGAGAUCACAUCCCGAAUGGACUUUGGCCAACAGAAGAUCAUUGUGAUGGCCCUGCUCUGCGGCUGUGACUAUUGUCCUGAUGGCAUAGGUGGCAUCGGCAAGGAUGGCGUCCUAAAGCUGUUCAACAAGUACAAGGAGACUGAGAUUUUGGAUAGAAUGAGAAGCUGGCGCGGUGAAACCAAUAAAUACAAUGCCUUGGAGAUCCGAGUUGACGACAAAUCCAUCUGCAGCAAUUGUGGACACAUCGGCAAGACCCAGAGCCACACAAAAAGUGGCUGCAGUGUGUGUCGCACUCACAAAGGCUGCGAUGAGAGUCUCUGGAAAGAACAACGACUAUCCAUAAAGGCCGAGUUGACUUUGAGGCGGAAAGCACUACUAUCUCCAGACUUUCCCAACGAAGAGAUCAUUGCCGAGUUCCUGAGCGAGCCCGGCACCAUUCCCAAUCUUAAUCUCAACUGGCGGCAGCCGAAUCUUGUCAAAUUCAUCAAACAGAUUGGACAUCUCUUGCAGUGGCCCGAAAUAUACUGCUUUCAAAAGUUCUUUCCCAUACUCACACGCUGGCAGGUGCAGCAAUCGAAGCAGGAGAAGAUACUUAUCCAGCCACUCGAGAUUAUCAAAAAGCGAACGGUGAAGGGAGUGCCCAGCUUAGAAUUGCGCUGGCACGAUCCCAGCGGCAUUUUCAAGGGUCUUAUUCCGGACAAUCAGAUUGCGGAAUACGAAGCGGAGCAUCCCAAGGGGAUCGAGGAACUUUACUACACUAUUGAGCCAUUGGACAUGCUGGAGACAGCGUAUCCCGAUUUGGUAGCGGCAUUCUUGAAGUCGAAGGAGAAGCCCGCCAAGAAAACCACGCGAAAGAAGAAAACCGCACCUGAAGAAGAGGACAAGGAAAACGAGCCGAAUUCGAAACCAAAACGAGUGGUCAGAAAGAAAAAGGCUCCGCCUGAAGAGAACCAGCCAUUACUGCACCAAUUCCUAGGGUGCAAGAAGGAAGGUACUCCGGUCAAGGCUCCCGCUCCGCAACGUCAGCAAUGCUCCACCCCCCUCACCAAGUUCCUGCCCUCCGAUCUGGAAAGCGAUUGCGAUGCCGAAGAGUUUGAUAUGUCGGACAUAGUCAAAGGCAUCAUAUCGAAUCCGAAUGCCAAGCCAGCACUGACCAACCACGAUGGUCACCAACUUCACUACGAACCCAUGGCGGAAGAUUUGAGCUUACGUCUGGCGCAGAUGAGUCUAGGUAAUGUGGAAGAAUCGCCCAAGGUGGAAACAAAAAGAGACCUGUCCCAAGUGGAUCAACUACCGCAGAGUAAACGGUUCUCCCUGGAGGACAGUUUUGAUCUGCUGGUCAAGGGAGAUCUGCAGAAGCUGGCCAGGACGCCAGUGGAGCGAUUCAAGAUGCAGCAUCGCAUCAGCGAAAAGAUUCCAUCGCCAGUGAAGCCCUUAGCUAACAUAAGUUACUUCUUCAAUCAAAGUUCCGAUAAUGCGGAUGUCUUCGAAGAGCUGAUGAACUCCAGCUUGGUGCCCCAGGAUCAAGAGGAUAACGCCGAAGAGGAGGAGGAGGAUGACCUGGUGGUGAUUAGUGAUUAAAAAUUCUGAGAUACCUUAAAA